AACUGUAGUCGAUACGAGGAACAUCCGUUACGUUUGAUUCGAAGCUAACCUAACCAAUCGUUUCGAUGAAUUCUCUUCCGUUACGGGCACGACAGAAUUUUCGUUUGAAAUUGGAACGGCGAGACAUGGAAAUCCCAUGCGCAGGCAUGGAAACAACGGAAAGUAAAUUCGCCGACAAAAAGGGGAUGAAAAAGAGACUGAGAACGAGAGGAAGGGUACGUUAGGGGUCGUGGAAAAAGGGCAACAGAUGUCCUUCCGUAUGACGCAUGAGUCGUUUGGCCCUUGGCGAGAUAUGUAGUACCGUUCGCGUCUCUCUACCUCACGGAAGUAUUGUGCGUUGCGAAACAAGGCUGGCCCUGUCCUUAGGAAAAACACUUGCUCGAAACCGGUUCUCGAGAAGAAUCCCAGCGACGCAAUUACCGUGAGGAGACGGUAGAAUGAGGAACCCGUCGGACUCCCGUUGACGCAGACGAGAGAAAAACGAAGAGGAAAAGGAAAAAUGUGCGAGAUAGCGAAGGGACAGCGCAGGACGUUCCGCGACCAGGACCCGCCGCGAAUAUUCGACAAGGGCGGCAACGGUUUGAAAGCCGAGCUCGAAUUUUCGAAAUCGACACCGAACUCGCCAACGAUCCUGCAGCGCGGCUCGAGUUUCGAGAAGUGUUUUAGCGAGCCGGAGAUCCUUGAGAAGGACCGGCAGGCUCGGAAAAAGGAGAAAGGGGAUUCCUCGACCGGCCGGGAAAGUGCGUCGUCCGAUUCCGUUCGGGACGAUAGCGGCAAGGGAGCUGAUACAGCCGAACGGCCUGACCUUCGGAGCGGCACGAGCGCCGAGAACUUCUUCAAGGAACUCUCCGAUAAAGUGCCUUCGUCUGGCCGUCACGAGCACGAGGUGAUCGCUAACGGUCAGAAGAGCGACACGGGCAGCUGCGACGGUUUAACGAACGGGAGAAACAUGGCACCGGUGUUGGGUGUACCGCCUCCGCCGCCACCUGCUCCGCACAUGGGACCGGACGGCUUGAUCUUGCCGAGAAAACCGUACAAUCCCUACCUCACCUCCAAUAACCAUAAGGAUCUUCGCAGAGAGCUGCUGUUCAAUCAGAAAGUGGGCCGGAACGUGCUGAAUCAGAAGAGCGAGCUGCAACGAGCGCUCGAGAAGCAGAGGGAGGCUGCCUCGAGGAGAGAAGCCGAGAGGAACCGGGAGGAGAAUUACAAGGACGAUCCCAGAACCGCGCUGCAGAGGGCCAUCGAGCAGAGGGCGAAACACAUCGAGAUGGCGCUGGAGCAGUCGCAGCAGACGAUGGAGCCACCGAGCAACCUUCUGGCGACGGCGAGGGCGAAGCUGAGACCGCGCACAGACUCUCAGUGAAUCGAGCGAGGAGAGACGAGAAGAAACGCAGAGACAAAAGGUCGAUCGUGUAACGCGAUAAGCGGGCACCGUUGCGGUCUGCGCCAGCGGCGUAGAGCGAGAGAGGACGCGAUUGAUCGGGGUUGCCUGCUGCGUGCCCGCGACGGGGGCGGGACGACUCUUUCGUCGCCUCGCGUCGCGUCGCGUCGCGUCGCGUUCCGUGUAACUCGACCGACAUGUACAUAUACGUAUGCGUAAUCCGAUAAGAAUCGAUUAAAUAAUAACAGAGGAUUAUACAACGCGGCCGCGUCGACGGAAGCGGGAACGUCGCCCCGGGAGAGAACGAUCGUUUACCCGCGGCCGGUCGCGACGACUCAUCCGUUCGGCGGCUCCGUUUAGACCGAAUGCGCGCAGCGCAGUGGUUCGCGCGCGAACGCAGCCAAGAUCGUUUCGAAUUAGAGGGAAGCAAAGUUCUGUCUCACGGGGAAAGAGUAAGGCCCGAUGCACACUGUAGCUUCGCUGAGCAUUCUUGUCCGUUGUCGAUGAUCAAGGAUAGAGAUUGGACCGAGAUCGGGUAGAUUCUAAGCGAUUGAAGAGUAUUUAAUAAUAACCGAGAUGAUGGUGAUCGAACGUCGACAGUGUGUAUCGGGUCUAAGAGAACUUUCCCCGUUCUAUCAAAACAGUCGCAUGCGCGAGGUUUUCAAGCAGACCGCUCGUGUGUAUUUGGCCUUAAGGCUGAGGUUACAGUGGAUAAGAGUCUAGAUAAACUGGCGUUGCGAUGGACAAAGAAUUCGUACACACGUUUGAUUAAUCUGGCGCGUUGGAUUCGUCAGGACGCCAGUUCGUCGAAGAACGUGCGCACUGUAACCGCAGCCUGACCGCGCGCGUCGUCUCUUCUCUUCAACGUAGACAAAUUGCCUUACUCUUCCAAAGUUGUCGGAGAACGCUUCGCCGCGGAACAGAAUGACUGUCGAAUCAUCCUCCGAGCGGCGGCCGGAUCGAGUGGAUCGUCUUGCCUGUUAGGAGCGUACCGCUCCCGCGGGAACCACCUGUACACCGAAACGAUUGUUACCGCGUACGCUGCACUGUCGAUGGAACGAGUGUCGUAGCUUUCAGCGAGCGAGAAAUUGGGUGUGGCGAACAAAUAGGCUUGCGAGCGUCGCGAAGACGCGAUUAAGGAGCGGCUGCUAAUUUUCACGAUGGCUAGGAGAUUGAACGACGCUGUCCGAUGUUCAGAAUGGAUCUCCGUCGUGGGAUCGACCUCGGCGCCAGCAUUUCAGGCGGUUUUGUCUUCGCACGAUGCGAGCUGGCAUCUGGCACUGCCGGAGCCGGCUUGUCCGGUUUCCGUCGGCUGCCUUACCCGCCGCUAAUUAGCGGCUGCUUGCUUUGUACGCUUUGCAAAGGCGACGUUUCCUUCGGUAACAUUGUCAUCGCGUUGCGCAGCGUUAAAUCUUUCGACGACAAUCGAGGAGUACGUAUAUCGCUUAACGAAUAGGUCGUGGGAAACGAUUCGUCUGAUAUCGAACGUGGAUAAAGUAUAUGGUGCGUUGUCAAUGAAAAAGCUUUAAAUUGUGUAUCUCGCGGUGAUCGAAAGAGAAGCUCGUAGCGUUUGUUCCAUCGACAGCAGUCGGCACAGAGCUCGCGAACGCGUUGAAUCCGAGAAAUCGCGGUCGAGACGACAUCCCUCGAGCAACAUCCAUCGCGCACCGCGUCCUCAAAGUUUCGACUGAACGAUGGGGAAACGAGACGCUGAGAUUUCCGACGAGCAGGCCUUACUAGAUCGCCUUCACGGGAAAAAGCGGUCGGCCCGACCGGGGAUCGUGCCGGUCGAGCCGAUUCGAUAUUUUGUUAUGUAUUGGACUGUUUCAGGACGUUCUAGUGCAGAGACGAAUUACCAUUUUAGUGUCACCGACACUCGUAGCCGCUACCUAGCAGUCAAAGUGACUGGUUUCUAAUUUCCUCUGACAAAAUAACACAAAAGACCCACAACGCAUCGACCAAGAUAUACGGGAAUUCGUUUAAUUGUUUCCUAACGAAAGCACCGUUGCGACACGUUUAGUAUAACCGCGGAACGAGAAAUCUGCAAUUGGUCAUUUUGACCCGUCUGGUAGUUGUAGGGUUAAAGGAACAAAACACUCGUGAAUAGUAUAGAGAUUAAAUUACAUAAGUUAAGACAAAUAUCGCGAAAGUCUAAAUGUCGAAUGUUAGCUUAUCGUCGUGCCUAAAUUUGUACGGAAAAUUAGACCUGAAUGUAGAAUACAGACGACUGUCGGACAGACAGAAUAGUAGAAUCAGAACAUCCCCGGGACCAUAUGAUUGUAUAGCUGCAUAGCAGAGGGCGAAAGGGUUUAGCCGUUUUGGAUCAUUCUACGAUUACUCUUUGAUCCUGGAGUUAAACGAAUUCAAUGGAGGAAUUGAAAUUCACAGAUUUAGAUGGCAAUUUAUAGACAAGGAACUCUAGUAAAGUUUAAUGUUAUAAUAACACGUGUAUAGCGUUAACAUUUCCCUUAAGACCUUUAUUUUACUGGGUUCACGAAUGACGAAUAUCAAAUGGUUUGAUGAUCGAACGGCCGGAACCUUUCGCCCCUGGCAGAAAAGUUAAAGGCGUUUGAUACGCGACGUAGCAACAUUUAUUACACUACAGUGUUCAUAGUUCAGAAAAGUAAUAGAUCAUAUAUUGUUACGCAGAUACUGUUUCGAUCGACAGCGAUCAAAGUACUCUAGAAACAUGAUCGUUGAUUCGAGUCUAGUGAUUCCUCUAUUGAUUACAACGCGUCAAAGUGUAUUCAAUCCUGUUACUUCUGGAGCGUAAUAAAAGCACGUUUAUUAUCGUAACAUUAAACUGUACGAACCAGGAACGUGGAUACGAGCGUUUCACACACUUUGUGUAGUGUGCUCGACAGUCACUGAUCAUUUACUUUCAUUUGUUUCUUACCUAACCUUAUUAAUAUUUAAAAUAUCAUUGUUGCUAUCAAUGGUAACAAAAUUUACAGGGAGAAAUAUGCUACGCGAAGGGAUCGUUAUUACAUUUGAAAAAUUAUAAAUGACUUUAAAAUCUCUGACCCCUUUGAAAUCUCACUACAAACAACCGAGGUAUUAUUUUACGUUAUAAUCUUAGGUGAUUCACCCUAUGUGCACAGAUGCGUGUAAAAUUGCCCGUAUAGUGAAGUGCAUUCGAAUAUUUUACACAGCGUGAGAAAUACUCGCGAGUUUCAAGCCUUAGACACAGAAAUUCUGCCUAAUGGCGUACGCGAACUAAUCAUGUUUAGGACUAUUAUCGCAACGGUAUGAUUGAAGUAUCAAAUAUAUUUUAUUC